AAGCUAGUUAUCUGAAUGCUUUUAUUGUACAUUUUCCUACAGAGAUUCCUGCAGAGGUUCAUUGACCCCACUUCUAAUGAGGAUGAGAAUGCUGGUUUGGACCUAAAUGAGCCUCUCUACAUGCAGAAGCUGGAGGAGAUCAGUGUGAUUGGUGAGCCUGUGCUGAAUGUCAACUGCAGCCAUGUGCAGUCCUUUGAUGCAGACCUGUACAGGCAGCUCAUCUCCUACCCCCAGGAAGUCAUACCUACAUUUGACAUGGCCGUCAACGAGCUGUUCUUCGAGCGUUUCCCAGACUCCGUCUUGGAACACCAGAUCCAGGUGCGGCCGUACAACGCCCUGAAGACCAGGAACAUGAGGAGCCUGAACCCUGAAGACAUUGAUCAGAUGAUCACCAUCAGCGGCAUGGUGAUCAGGACCUCCCAGCUGAUCCCAGAGAUGCAGGAGGCCUUCUUCCAGUGCCAGGU